CACACAUAUUUCUUCUUUCUCUCUCCCUUAGUCAAAGGGAUUCAUUCUCCUUCUUCCAAGGUUAUUUUGCAAAGCAAAAUGGUGAAGAUUUGCUGCAUUGGUGCUGGAUAUGUGGGGGGUCCUACAAUGGCAGUCAUUGCACUUAAGUGUCCAAGUAUUGAAGUGGCUGUUGUUGAUAUCUCUAAAUCCCGCAUUGCGGCCUGGAACAGCGACCAGCUUCCUAUCUACGAGCCUGGUCUUGACGGUGUUGUAAAGCAGUGUCGUGGCAAGAACCUCUUCUUCAGCACUGAUGUUGAAAAACAUGUCUUUGAGGCUGACAUAGUGUUUGUCUCUGUCAACACCCCAACGAAAACUCAGGGUCUGGGAGCUGGCAAAGCUGCAGAUCUGACAUAUUGGGAGAGCGCAGCUCGCAUGAUUGCUGAUGUCUCAAAGUCUGACAAAAUUGUGGUGGAGAAAUCGACUGUCCCUGUCAAAACUGCUGAGGCAAUAGAGAAAAUUCUGACUCACAAUAGCAAGGGAAUCAAAUUCCAGAUUCUAUCAAACCCAGAAUUCCUUGCCGAGGGAACCGCAAUCCAAGAUCUCUUCAACCCAGACCGGGUUCUUAUUGGAGGCAGGGAGACACCAGAAGGCCAGAAAGCUAUCCAAGUAUUGAAAGAUGUUUACUCUCAAUGGGUACCCGAGGAAAGAAUACUAACCACAAAUCUCUGGUCUGCUGAGCUGUCUAAGCUUGCUGCUAACGCCUUCUUGGCCCAAAGGAUUUCAUCUGUUAAUGCCAUGUCAGCGCUUUGUGAGGCUACCGGGGCAAAUAUUCAACAGGUGUCCUAUUCAGUUGGUACAGACUCAAGGAUUGGACCCAAGUUCCUCAAUGCUAGUGUUGGUUUUGGUGGAUCCUGCUUCCAGAAGGAUAUCUUGAACCUUGUUUACAUCUGUGAGUGCAAUGGCCUUCCAGAGGUGGCAGAGUACUGGAAACAAGUUAUCAAGAUCAAUGAUUAUCAGAAGAGCCGUUUUGUGAACCGUGUAGUUUCAUCUAUGUUCAACACAGUUUCAAACAAAAAGAUUGCUAUUCUGGGAUUUGCCUUCAAGAAAGACACGGGGGAUACAAGGGAGACCCCAGCUAUUGAUGUAUGCAAAGGACUACUUGGUGAUAAAGCCAACCUGAGCAUAUAUGACCCACAAGUAACCGAGGACCAAAUCCAAAGGGAUCUAUCAAUGAACAAGUUUGAUUGGGACCAUCCUAUCCAUCUGCAGCCCACAAGUCCCACAACUGUGAAGAAAGUCAGCGUGGUUUGGGAUGCCUAUGAAGCAACAAAGGAUGCACAUGGCCUUUGCAUUUUAACUGAGUGGGAUGAGUUCAAGACUCUUGAUUACCAGAAGAUAUAUGACAACAUGCAAAAACCAGCAUUUGUUUUUGAUGGCAGAAACAUUGUGGAUGCUGAUAAGUUACGUGAGAUUGGCUUCAUCGUUUACUCAAUUGGUAAGCCACUAGAUCCAUGGCUCAAAGACAUGCCAUCUGUGGCAUAAAAUAGAUCAUUGCUCAAGUACACUGGCAUAUCAGUCAGGUAUAGAGGCAGUCAGUUUGAUUCUUUAUUAUUUUUUGUUCAGAGUUUUUCUUUUCCUCCUUAACUUUCUCACAGUAGUUGACAUAAAUGAGUAUAAAUUGUGGGAAAGUAGGAGGCUCUAUGUUUUACGUUGCUUUGUACUUCAAUCUAGUGCACGGCUGUUAUGAAUGUACUAGGGAAACAUGUUUUGUUUGAUUAAUCUUCUCUUAAUAUUAUAUUGAUGUAAGUUUUGAAAUUUUGAGAAAAACACUUGGGCUUAAUGUUAGCUUCAAAGGAAAAGUUGGGGUGACAAGAAGGGUAGAGUAAGAAUUUAUCUAUUUUUCAAUAAAUUUUAAUUGGUU